AUGAACCCAGCAAAAUGUGUGUUCGGGGUCCAAGCUGGCGACUUCUUGGGUUUUAUUGUUCACCAAAGGGGUAUUGAAGUGCUUGAAGAUAAAGCGAAUGCGGGGCAUAAUGAGUUUGUUUGGGAGCCCAAGCAUCAAGAGGCCUUCGACACGAUCAAGGCCUAUCUCGCGAGUCCACCAGUGCUCGUUCCUCCCAAACCUGGUUUCCCACUAAAACUUUACAUCUCCGUGGCUGAGGCUUCCAUUGGGAGCCUGCUCGCACAAGACGAUGAAGAAGGUAUUGAACAUGUUAUCUUCUACCUCACCAGAACAUUGACAGAUUGCAAAACAAGGUACUCACCAAUGGAGAAGCUCUGUCUGACGCUAUACUUUUCAGCAUGUAAGCUGCGACACUACAUGUUAUCCUUUACCACGUGCAUUAUAGCUCAGACGGAUUUGGUCAAAUACAUGCUUUCGCGGCCUAUUCUCAGAGGCCGUAUUGGCAAGUGGGUCCUGGCUCUGUCAGGAUUUUCCCUACAGUAUGUUCCACAAAAAGCAGUUAAGGGCCAAGCCAUCGCAAACUUCCUGGCACAUCACCCCAUGUUCGAAGUCCCAGCAGUUCGCGAUUUGGAGGUCGCAACUAAAACGUUAGAUCGCCCUGACUUGGCCUGUUUGCCUGAGUACGAUGAGCUAUAUCAGGCCACGGUUUCACUUCAGCCCUGGAUACUAUACUUUGACGGCUCUAGAAAGGAAACAAUGGCCAUGGCUGGCGUAGUUCUGGAAAAUCCAGCUGGAGACCGUUUUUCAUACUCUUUCCAGCUCAAAUUCGGAUGCACCAAUAACCAAGCUGAAUACGAGGCCCUCAUUAUCGGCCUAGAAGUGUUACUGGAAUUAGGAAUCCGAGAUGUGCAGGUCCUCGGCGAUUCUCUAUUGGUCAUCAACCAGCUUCGUGAAAAGUUCAGGUGUACUAGUUUUUUACUCGUCCCAUACAGGGAUCGCGCCCUUACACUGCUGGCCCAAUUUGAUGACUUGGACCUGGAGCACAUUCCUCGCGAGCGUAAUUUUGCCGCUAACGAGUUAGCCCAAUUGGCUACCGGCAUAACUUUAAAGUAUGGGGUUCGCGAGCGGAUUUUGAAGGUAGAGCGACGCACUUUACCAUCGUGGCUUACCAGGCCUGACCCACCAGACGAGCCCACUGUGGCUGCUUUGGAUCCUAUCGAUGUGGACUAG